UGGCAAGUUGAUCGAGUCGCUAUCGGUACUUCUCAGUGAUCGCUACGAUCCAGGAUGAUUGUCCUCGCGUGGUCCCUGUUCGUGCUGGUUUCGUUACUCGUUGCGACCAAUCAAGCAUUCCUCGCAGCUCCUGCACCAGUUCACGGAGUGUCGAGUUACGAUGUCACUGGCACUCAGCGACGAUUGGAGAGCAACGAGGUGAUUCAUAAGGCUAAUAACGACCACCAGCAUCCGGGCGAUUCGACAGCCGAUGAUCGUGAAGAGGAGCAGACCGUCUACGUAAUCGAGUUCGAGUCCGAAUCGAACGAGAAAGAAUCGACUUUGCAGAGCAAGGGAAAAGAAUCAUCAAACGGCGGAUUUCUUUUUGUUUCAGCAGACGGGAACGGUCAAAAUCCGCUGGACCCUUGGUCGAUCGUUUGGUACAUCGGUUCUUUCGGCGGUCUGGUCGCCUUCUUUCUCAUCGUAAGCUGUUCAGAAUGGUGUUGCCGAAGAGGUGGAAGACCACUAACGGUCCCAUAUGCUCAACGAGCCGAGGUUAUCAACGGUGGACAAGUAGUUACCGAAACACCACCUCCACCGUAUCAUUUGUUCGCGCCACCGCCGUACGAUUCUGUGAACUACGGCGACAUAAUAGACAAGAGUACAGGAGAGAAGGUCGACAUUUACGUGAUAUCUGUACCGAUUCACAGACCUAUGGUACAGGUUCCAGCCUAGAGUUUCCUGUUGGUGCUCCUCGAGCAGAGGGCACAACCGAAUCGAGAUGAGAACGACACCGAUUACGUCGAAAUCGGUUGACGGUCGUGCGCGUUGGUCUUCAAUGAGGGAGAUAAUUAUUGCGAAUCGUUUGAAGGAGACCGAACUGAACCGUGAGAAGAUAAGAUGUUUAGGUGUCUUUCGAAGAACAAGGCUGAUUCGACGGUUCGACCCAGAUCGACGCGCACAUUUUGACAAUCGUCUGUCGAUCCAUAUUUCAAGCUCGUUGAAAAAUAAAAAGGAA